AUGUGCGUGGAGCUCUUCGCAGUAUACGUCGACUGGCUGUAUAGCCGCAAGAUCAUGCCAAACGGCAAGAAGCUGUGGUAUGGCGGAGUUCAUGCGGACGCGGACGACUGGGCCAUCUUGGCAAGAGCUCUGGUUCUCGGAUCGUCAGUGAUGGACAAAGCCUUCCACGAUUCCGUCCUGGACACGAUGGUUGGCAUCGCACAAGCAGAGGCCGCCUCCGAGAUACUCAAAGGCGCCAAGCUCCACAUUCCUGUACAGAUUGUCUUCGGCUCCGUCCCAGACGACUCCGGAGCUCGGAGCCUCCUCGUUGAUAUUUUCAAGCGCCACGCGGGAAUUCUGUCAUCUUGUAACGACGAAGAGUUUCCCGCUGCAUUUCUGCGGACUCUGGCGAGUGAGGUGAUGGAGGGUACGGAAGGCCUUGAGGAGCGACUCUCACAGAACAAAUGCUGGUAUCAUAAGCAUGGCGAGGGCGAAAUUUGCGGCUCCACUACGGCAGAGUUGCACGAAGUUGCAAGAUUUCUCCCUUGA